CUGAACCCCGAGUUGGGACACCGAAGUCUCGAGCGCUGCCAGUCCGGGAGGCGGAGCCGGAAGCGCCUCGGUUUGACCCCCAGAGUCCCUUUGUUUUCCGAGGGGCGGCUGUCUGCUCCCGAUUGCUCCGCCGUCCGUGAUCCCCCGUGACCCGGAGGCCGAAGCCCCCCCAGGCAGGGCAGGGCGGCCCCAACUUCAGAGCCGGAAGUAGGCGUCCUCUUCCCCACUCGGCCAUGGAGCCCACCGUGCCGUCCCUCACCGAGGAGGACCUGACGGAAGUGAAGAAGGACGCCUUAGAAAAUUUGCGAGUUUACCUAUGUGAGAAAAUCAUAGCUGAGAGACAUUUUGAUCACCUACGUGCAAAAAAAAUCCUCAGUAGAGAAGACACAGAAGAAAUUUCUUGCCGCACAUCAAGUAGAAAAAGAGCUGGAAAACUGUUAGACUACUUACAGGAAAACCCCAAAGGACUAGACACCCUUGUUGAAUCUAUUCGACGGGAAAAAACACAGAACUUCCUGAUACAGAAGAUUACGGAUGAAGUAUUGAGGCUCAGAAAUAUAAAACUAGAAUAUCUCAAAGGUAAGUACAUCAG